AUGGCGUCCUCUAUCCUGAGCAUUCCUCCAGAGAUUUUACGCAUGAUAUUCGCACCCUUAUCUCCCAGCGAUCUUCACGCGGUAUGUCUUACGCGUAGGAACUGGCGCUCUGUUGCCGAACCAUUCCUCUACGCUCACGUUGAGUGGACAUGGACAAACACUGAAUAUCCUCCAAUCAUUCAGUUUUUGCGAAACGUUGUGGACAGGCCCGAGCUCGGCAGUUUUGUCCAUGUUAUGAUCCUCAGGGGAGACUGUUUCUAUAUCGACGCCCGUAGCUAUCGAGAUAAAAGUCCGAAACUGCUAGUCACCGAAGUGGUCUUGGACGAGCUGGUGAAUUACAUCGAAAGGAUCCAUAUCCCAUAUGCUGAACAAUGGAUCGAAGAGUUGCGCGCCGGAACAAUGGACGCGUUUGUUACCCUUUUACUAUCACAGCUCCCCAGUCUAAGAUGCCUCUACCUGGACCAGAAUUUCGCCCGAGAAAGCCGCCUCAUGGGCAUGAUGCUCCGUUCGGCUCUCUGCGAGGAGCACCAAGUUAGCCAUAUCUCUUCCUUUGCACAUCUCCAGGAUGUGACAAUUGUGUAUCCCUUCAUUGGUCUCGAUAUUCGCCGAUACACGGACGUGAGGAACACGACAGACGUACUGCCCCUCCUUUACUUACCCUCAGUUGAACGGAUAAGAACCUUUGUCGACAACCCUAUUACCUUCAUGUGGCCUGGGAAAUAUCCACCAAAUCCAUCGAGACUCGCAUCGCUUGACUUAACAAUGUUGCGCGAAGGACACCUCGGUCAAGUGUUAUCAGUCACUCGAGGACUUCGAAAGCUUCAAUGGGAUUGGUACUACCGCCCGGAUAUCAAAGACCAUUUUGUCAGAAAUAUUAUCGAUUUGGACCAAAUCGCUGCGGAUUUAUCUCAUGUUCAGGAGACGUUGACGGACUUGACUAUUACGGCAGGGUCAGACUGCUCAGAAGCAGACGCCGAACGCCCAGAGGUCACCUUCAGUGGAUCUUUCAAAGCUUUUAGCGGGCUUCAUAUGAUUGAAAAGUUGGAAGUUCAUAUUCCAUUUCUACUCGGGUUUUCUUCCUCCGCGCCAAAUGUGGUUGGUCUAGAAGAGGCACUCCCAGGAAAUAUCCAAUGGCUGACUCUCACUGAUGAUCUAUGUCUGCAGUAUGAAUGGGAAUGGCAAUGGGAGACCGAAUACCUCUUGGGGGCUUUGCGAUCAUGGCUGCAAGAUUGGAGGAAAUCCACACCUCGCCUCCAAGGAUUUCGCCUAUUGAUGAGGGUCUUCAAAGUGCGGCAUUGGGACCCGGAGUUGAUACAGGGACUCAGAGACAUGGGUGCCCAGACGGGCAUUCGGAUUGAAAUAAUUGAAGAGCGACGCAAGUGGGCAGGAAAAAUGGAAUCCUAG